GCCAGAGAUCUCUACGUAGAUAUACUCCAUAAAUAGAUGAUGCGAAUCAAACGGAAUCGCUGAAUCUUCUUCAACAGAACCAAUCUUUUAAUUAAACAUUUAAUCACAAAACCAACAAAACGCUUCUCUUCUCGAUCUCUUCACUUGUGCAGAGUAAUGGCGGCUACUGGAAGAUCAAGCCGAUCAGUUCUUCGUCCUCUUUCUUCUUCCCAGAGAUUACACAACAAUCAUCAUCAUCAUCAUCAUCGUCAACGAUCUCCGUCUCCUUGCAACAAUCUCAAUGUCCGAUUAAAGGUUUUUUCUCCUGGAAACAUCCCGACGAAACCCUCCGUAACCGUUUCUUCUAAUCAUCAGAAGAGAAAGUGUUUGUGCUCUCCUACGACGCACCCUGGUUCUUUCCGGUGCUCUUAUCACCGCCAGUUAGAACAUGAGAAAUCCAAAACCCUAGCUUCUUCGACGGCCAAGCGUAACAAUCGUGGUGAUAAUCAGAUUAAUGUUGGAUUGAAUCUGAGGAAAUUGGCGUUGAUGAAUUCGCUAGCGAAGAUUGGGAGUGUUGAGGCGGAGAGGUUUAGGAGAUCUUUAGCGGCGAAUCUAGUUAAACCGUCGUCUAUUCAUAGCCAUCAACGUUCUGAGUUCCGGCCACGGCUUAGCCGCUUUCAUAAAGAUCAAGAUUAACGAGCUAGGGUUUCGAAUUUCCUUUUUCUUCUAUGUUUUCUUGCGUACGAAGGAACUAUUUUUUAGGGUUUUCCUUGGGCGCAGUAUAUUGAUGAACUUUGUGUAGAUACUAAAUCACAUUUUAGUAGGACUUGAUUUGUGUGCUCGAAUUCUUCCUUAAUUUGAUUGGAAAUUUUCCUAAUGCGAUUGGUGUAUUUAGGAGUUAAUAAAUUCUGAUGAUCUUU